UUCACAAACGCCGACGAUGCUUCUUCGAUCGUCGGCAGGGAGCGCAGGGGUGAAGAAUCGCGGGUGAAGCGUGUGCCUUCUCCUCGGGUUCAAAGUUUGUAAACAAGAAGCGUCGCGCCUUAUAAGCGAGAACAUUUUGCCGAAACUUGCGACAUCCCAGUGACCGAAGUUUUCCCCGUCGUCGGUGCCAACUCGAUCCUUCCCCAGCUUUCAGAGGCAUGCCAAUAACGAUCACAAAAAACCGGAAACUCGUGGUGGUGGAUAAACCGAACUUCUGGAUCUAAAACGGACCAUGCGAUUUGUACAAUGAGUUUGACGGAGCAGAGCAGAGAUGACGACGCGACGAGCCUCACGGCGUCCCAUACAACAAUCAGGACGGACCUCGUCCGCAUAUAUGGAAGAGAGGCGAAAAAAUCAGGAAGAAUAAAACGAGGUGUGAAGGCGACAAGAAAAGGGGAGCAGUGGCUUCGUGACGAUCCGUACGAUCGACGAAGAGGAAAGAUGUCCAGUGCCGCGGGAAGUCCUGCCGAGAUGCCCCUCCAGUCCCAGUACUCGUUGAGGUGGAACAACCAUCAGACACACAUCCUGCGGGCCUUCGAGGACCUCCUUCACGCGGAAACGCUCGUCGACGUCACCUUGGUCUGCGCGGAGACGAGCCUCAGGGCCCACAAAGUCGUCCUCAGCGCCUGCAGCCCGUUCUUUGCACGGCUAUUCGUGGAGCACCCCUGCAAGCAUCCGAUUAUAGUCCUGAAGGAUUUCCCCGGGACCGAAGUGACCGCGCUUGUGGAUUUCAUGUACCGUGGCGAGGUCCGCAUCGGCCGUCACGAGCUUCCGGGCCUCAUGCGAGCCGCCGAGAGUCUUCAAGUGCGGGGCUUGGCGUCGACGGAACCACGACUCGCGAGUCCGCCCGAAACCCCAACGACGGACAUCCUCGGCGAACCGUCGACGCCGGAAGACGCCCAAGGAACACCGGAGGACGACGACAACGCGUCGGAGUGUCAGGCGCCACCCCGAGACCUCUACCACCAUCAGGACCACCAAGAAAACAGACUGCCGCACAUGGGCCACCUCAGUUUCUCCCUACGAGAGCUAAGGGACUCUUGCAGCUCGCCCCUGAUGCCGCGGAGGAAGCAGGCUCGCCCAAGAAGAAGAUCGGGGGAGCUCCUUCCCCAGGAUCUGAGCCGCCCGCAUACGAAUCCGACACCGAGCCCGCCCCCGGCCUGCGGCCUGAACCUCAGCAGUCAACCGCAGCCAGCGGGGCUGCAGCAGAGCCAGAACAACCAGCAGCAGCAGCAACAGCAGCAACAGCAGCAACAGCAGCAAGAAGACAUAGCCGAGAACCUGUCGAUGAAGAGGUCGACGUCACCCGCCCCCGGCGAUCACGUGAUAAAGACGGAAAGCGAGACGGCGAGCAGUCCCCGCGGCUCUCCUCUCACCGGUCCCAGUCUUCACCUCGACGGAUCCCUCCAGGAUUUUCCGGCGGGUAGCCUCCCGGGGAUGUCGGGGCUUUCGCUCACGCCGCCGCAUCACCACAGCGAGUACCUGACAAGUCUGGGCCAGCUCGCGGCCCAGUGGCUGCCCAAUCACCCGCAGAACCAGCUAGCCCACCACCCCCGAGAGGAGAGUCCUCACAACAGGACGCAUCCCUUUCAGCAGCAGGAUUCGCCGCUGACUCAGAGGCGGUCGGUCGCCGUUUUCCCGAUGGACGGUGCGGGGCCGCUGGGGGGUGCCGGAGGCCUGUUUCCCCCCGGAAGCGGACUGGACCGGGGCUCGCUGCUGGCCGAUCUUCACGAAAACUUCAAACCGGAAACCCUUCACGGUCUAUUUGGGGGUGCAAGCCUGGGACACCACCCGGUGAAGAAGUCAAAAAAGCACCGAGGCGACGGCGAAGGUCAGAGACGAUGGAGCGAGCACACGCGACUUCCGGUCGGGCGGCCAAAGGGGCAGCACAGCGCGCCGCGCGGCGGCCCUCCGAGGUCCUGGACGAACGCGGAGCUGACCGAGGCGCUGCAGCACGUCUGGAACAAGAAGAUGACCACCUCCCAGGCUAGCCGGAUAUUCGGCAUACCGUACAACAGCCUGCUGAUGUACGUCAGGGGGAAGUACGGGAAGAGCCUUAAGCUCGAACAGCUGAGGAGGGACUGCACGGGGUCGACGACCGGCGAGGUGAUGAACUCCCUGAACAACAACGUCAAGACCGCCCAGCCGCCCUCCCAGAUGCCCCACGCCCUCGCGGGUCUUCCGCAUCCCGGCGACGAGGCGGCCUUCUCGCAUCCUCUUCUCGGCGGCACUCUUCCCCAGGGCUUCUUCCCCGACUUCGGGGCGGCUUUUCCGGUCCCCGUAAGCAUGGUCCAUCUACUGCCCCCCAGCGAACAGAAGGCCUACGAACCCCCGCCACCCAGCGCCGGGGGCGGCAGCGGCAGCAGCGACGCGAACCCCCGGAGCCGAAGCCCGUCACCAGCCGCCCACGACUCUUUGGUGCAAUCGACGCAGCCACCCACUGCCCUGCUUCAGCAGAACGGAACCGAAUAGGACCGUAACGGAACGGAACGCGAACGGGAACGGAGCGACCUUACGCUUCGAAAUUACCCUCGGAAUUCAACGGGGGAGCGGUAAGAUUAGCCAGUUAAUAUAAACAAGACUUCGACGCUGCACGUACAUAGAAAACAAGAGUUGCAUACGUAUACUUAUUACAUGUAUGUAUAUAUACAUAUACGUGAUACUAUCUAUAUGUAUAUAUGUAUACCUGUAUACAUGGUAUAUUGUGAACAUGUUGAAAACAAAACAAACAAAAAAAAAUGAAAAACUCGCCCAUCAUUGUAAUAACAGGAUGCUCUUCACACAAAGACUGACCCCCAAGCCCCUCGCCACCCCCCCCCCCCCCCCCACCCACCCCUCAUCAACGAGAGGUGGUUCAAACUGCGAUAACGCGGUGCUUACUUCCCUCUUUGAAACGACGCAAGUUUCUCACUAUACAAAGCUGUAAUAUUACUUACUUACUUACUUACUUACAUUUACAAUACGCGUAUAAUAUGCAUUACUACUCGCAAGACCACAUCUCGCUGUGUUAUUCUUCGGCUUUAAUGCCGGCAAUCAUUCUAGUGUUUUGCUUACUUUUCCCGUAUAUGUAUUUACACAGGUGUGUAUGUAUUAUUAUGCGAGAUCAGUAAGUGAUUUCCAGAGGACGAAAAUUAUCCAGUGUCGCGUUGAUUUUUCUCUCAACUUUAUUGAACAAUUUCCGAAGAUCAAUGUGCUCAUCGCCGUUGCGUGCAUUGAAAUCUCUUAACAUCUAAUUCAACGUGCUCUAUUCAAUUAUACACUCAGAUUAAUCACGUACCUGGAAUUGGUUAGAUUGACAUGAACGCGAACUGGUUAUUCGUCCGAUGAUUGCAAUUUCACAGCACCACUAUGAACAGUUCCUGCUACGUUGAGCGAUUAUACCAAAUAGUACUGUAUUAAAUUAUGGAUGAAACGGUAAGAAAGAGAAAAAAAGAUUCGAAACGCAGUGCGCCACGCUUUACUCGAGACGGUAUCCGCGAAGCAUCAUCCAAGUUAAGUUCAAUUCACCAAUAACCGGUUCGUAAAAUCAGCAAACAAAAUCAGCAAAGAGACACAAAUUUUUUCGCGUCGAAAUAUACGUGAAAUCGCAGAUCAAAUUCGAAGCUUACAAUAUCUAACCCCAAUAAUUUUUACAUAUCGCAUUGAACUUGAAACAAUCACGUCACUGUCCUUGCUCGUGAUAAACUUCGACUUUGAUCCGCGAAUUCGUAUCGCAAAAACAGAAGAAGACAAAAGAACAAGUAAUAAUAAUAAAAAUAAUGAUAAUAAUAAUAAUGUUAGUAAUAAUAAUGGUAGUAAUACAAUGAUACUAAUAAAAUUGACCGUACAAGGAAUACUUAAACGCGCCUUUGCGAAGGUAAAAAAUCCUCGUUAUCGAAUACAAGAAGGAAACAAAAUAUAGAAAAAAUACGAAAUCAGACAAACAUUUACAAAAAAAGAAAAGAAAACCAAGAAACACAGAGUGUAAUGAUAAUAAUUAUAUUGUAAAAGUAAUAGCGACAAAACAACAUCAUCAAUUAAUGAAUAAUAAUAAUAUUAAUAAUAAUAAUAAUAAUAAUAACAACAAUAAUAACAAUAUACUUUCCACGAUGGCCAGGGGUGACCACAGGGUUUCGCGAGGUUGCCAGGCUUUCUCUGAGAAUAAAUAUAACACAUAUGGACGUGUACCUAUGUUUCGUUGGCAAUGAAAUCGGAUCGUGUAUACAUGUAGGAAAAGCGUAUAGUCGUGCAUAGAUACGUAUUACAGAUAAAGGAAGUAGGCUGCAGGGUAUGGGGAGAAAUUGUAAAUUUUCGUUAAAAUCGGGGCCCACCGAGAGGGCGCAGGGUUACAUCGCAAAUGUGCAGUCCUUGGGGCUGAUGUAAUAACCUGUAAUAACGAAUUAGUUAUUCGCGAGUCGGAGCUGCAGGCGUGCGCGCACGAGUUUUCAAAAUUCAACCACGUUCACUUUUCACCUCACGGUAUUUCCUAAGCAAGGCUUUGCGUCAUUGAGAGGGUGUAUGACGCACCAUGGACCAUGGAGAUACAGCCGAGGGGGUGUUCGUUGAAUAAGUUGAAAUCGUGAACCACUUUGGAAAGCGGUCAGUUUAAAGUCGCGUGGAAUCACAGUUGGAAUCGCGUUAAAGCAUGAAAAUCAUUGCAAUCGCUUGUCACCCGAUUUGCGAAUGAAUACCCCCUCGGAUGCAACCCUUACCAAUCACCUAAAAUAUUUCUUGAGAAUUUGAGAAACAAAAUUGUCUGUCCUUCAUUCUUUAAACGUUAUAGACACUUUGGAAAAUGAAUUCUUUAAAAUUGAAUUGCGACAAAUUUGACGGUAAGUGUUCGGCAUACGCGGAUAAAUUUCCGUGAGUUAAAAAAUAUACAAUCUGUCGUUAAUGCAAUUACUGAAAUACGUGACGUUCAGAGUGUUCGUACAACUUUGAUUACAAUAUCAAUCUCGUUGUGCAUGUAAUACACGUAGGAUCGUAGAGGCUGUAUGCAGUGUCAUUAUACCAUUAAUAAAUGAACUUUAGCGAAGUAGAGAGAAAGAUUGAAUGAGAAAAGUUGGGAAGGUAUGAGAAUGGUGGGUAUGGGAAUGUGAGUUAUGGAAAUGAAAGAUAGACGCAAAGAAUCGCGCGCUCGGGGCGUGACAUGUAUGUGCUAGAACAAAGAAAAAUAGUUUGUUAAAUGUUGCAUAGUUGAUAUUAGAAGUUUUGACCGAUGAGAAACUAGGAUAUGCUGAUUCAAAUACAAAUUCGACGCGAAUGGACGACUGCAAUAUUAUGGUACAAUAAUUAUACGGUUCCGUAAAGAGGGAAACGAGAACGAGAAAGAGAAAGACAGAGAGAGAGAGAGAGAGAGAGGGUGCAAGAGAGAGAGAGAGAGAGAGAGAGAGUUAGCCUAAGAGUGAAAUAUUUGAAGAAUAAAUUUUUUAUUUCAAUUGUG